CGUUCUGUUCUCUUAACCAUCAGUUGAGCACUCUCCGAUGACAUGGGCGCUGGCAGCUCUGUUCCACCGUUGCCCAGCGAGAAGAGCGCUGCGGGCUUGGCUGGACGCCCUGCCAAUGUGGACCACCAGGAAAUGCAGGGUGGCGUGCAGUGGCUCUUGACAGUUGUUGACAAGGAAAAGGAGGAGAAGGCAUGGCUGGCCAAGAAGUUCGAAGACAAAUGCAUGGAAGUGAAAUCCCUUCAGCAGGAGCUGCAGAGAGUCAGAGCGCUGUUGGACCAACGAGGAUCGACAUCCCCCAUCAUCAAGGGUCCAGACAUCUCCAAUCAGGACCAUACAUUCAUUUGUCAAGAGCUGUCGCCCUCCAAAGCAAAACCCAUUGCUCAAAGGCGUGGCUUGCAACUGAGCAUCCAGACACAGAGCCAGCCCAAGGUGGCUUUUCAGACGAACAAGACAGAGCCCUUGUCCCGCGCAAAAUCCAGCCCUGCCCUGUCAGGGGAUGGCAUAGAGCCUAUGUCAGCACUUCUGCGAAGACGGAAGGAGGACUGGACACCAAUUGAUGCUGAUCAAAGUGAGAGUAGAGGUUUGUCUGUGAGCACGGACAAGGUCUUUUCAUUGCUUGGUGAAUGUCCUGCAUCACCCAAGAGAGUGAGGCAUACCUCCAAAGAAUAGAAUGUGAUAAUGUGAUACACUUCUUGACGGACCUGCGGAAAUAUGGGCAAAUGUGCACUCCUUAAAGGGGAGAUGCUGCCCUUCUUUUUCAAGGGCAAGCUUUGCUUUUGGACAGUGAGCUCUUU